AAAAUGUCAAAGUAAAUCUUCUUAUCACGUCUUAUCGUCCCAAAAAAAUGGCCAAAAGCCACCCACGGAAGAAAUAGCUAGGAAGAUGUUUGGUAUUAUAUUUAUUGAAUAUUAUCUGAAUAUUAGAUAUUAAUAUGGCCAAUUUGGGUGCCAUCAAUUAGCUUAAUUUCUCAUAUCAAAUUAUAUUUUAACAAAAUGUUUCAUGAAUGUUAAUUGUAUCUGUUACUGACUACAGAAACUAUUCCAAAACAAUCUGGGUGUCAAAAUCCUCUUCCUUGUGCUUUUUGAGUUGGAACGACCCAGGAAGUGUAAUUAGGAAGGGAUGACGCCUUUCAGAAAUGAUAUUUACUGUAACAUUAGCUACUGACCACCACAGACUGACACUGAUGGUGCCAGUCACUUACUGUACUCUAGAUGUAUCACUUCAACUUUGGUGUAGCCAGUCAUUCCUUAGUUGUAUUGGGGUAAUUCCACGGUAACGGAGUGAAAGUAAUCUUUGUGCAUACAGUUGUAUAGUUUAACUUUGCAAUCAUUGUUUUGUUUUUUACAUACCUUUUAUGCCAACUCUCGACUUUCUUUUCAAUGCCUCUUUCAUCCUCUACCUCUACCUGUCUUUAAUUCACUCGUCUCCCUCUCUCCCUAACAGUGGGUAAGUCCCACUCAGCAGCUGCCCAGACAUGCUUUAGAGUUUGUUGGCAGCUGUUAAGGAGUUAUUGAGGCUCAGGCAUGUUGGUGUCUGUGGGUCACCACGCCCACACGACCGAGCCCCUCCCCACAGCUACUACACUCUUUACAUACAGGCAGGGAAGAAGAAAGUAGUGACUUCCUGUAGGACCUACUCCUCAGAUCUCAGAUUAGUGUGUUUGGAAAGUGAAGCGAGUCAAUGUUGAGCGUGGACAUGCAGAGUAUGUAUUUGAGGACCCUUCAACCCAGCAGCAGUUUUGAGGAAGAGUGGGUUAGGCUGACAUGCCGGCCCUACACGGAGAGGCCCUCCACCGACCCUUCGGCCUGGACUCGGCAGCAUUGACGGAAGCGGUGCGCUGGAGCUCCAAGGAGAACUUGCUGGGUGCUGCCGAAAGCGACCCUAACCUCUUUGUUGCACUUUAUGACUUUGUUGCCAGUGGCGACAACACGCUGAGCAUUACGAAAGGUGAGAAGCUGAGGGUGCUCGGCUACAACCAGAAUGGGGAGUGGAGCGAGGUGCGUUCCAAGAAUGGCCAGGGCUGGGUGCCAAGCAACUACAUCACGCCCGUCAACAGCCUGGAGAAGCACAGCUGGUACCACGGGCCCGUUUCGCGCAGCGCUGCAGAAUACCUGCUAAGCAGCCUCAUCAACGGCAGCUUCCUGGUCCGGGAGAGCGAGAGCAGCCCAGGACAGCUGUCCAUCUCCCUGCGCUACGAGGGGCGUGUCUACCACUACCGCAUCAACACCGCCUCAGAUGGCAAGGUUUACGUCACAGCAGAGAGCCGCUUCAGCACCCUGGCUGAACUGGUCCACCACCACUCCACCGUGGCCGAUGGCCUGGUCACCACGCUCCACUACCCGGCACCCAAGUGCAACAAGCCCACCGUCUACGGUGUGUCACCCAUCCACGACAAGUGGGAGAUGGAGCGCACCGACAUCACCAUGAAGCACAAGCUGGGAGGGGGGCAGUACGGAGAGGUGUACGUGGGAGUCUGGAAGAAAUACAACCUCACCGUCGCGGUCAAAACACUCAAGGAGGACACUAUGGAGGUGGAGGAGUUCCUGAAAGAGGCAGCAGUCAUGAAGGAGGUGAAACAUCCCAACCUGGUGCAGCUGCUAGGUGUGUGUACGUUGGAGCCUCCCUUCUACAUCGUGACAGAGUACAUGCCCCACGGCAACCUGUUAGACUACCUGAGGGAGUGUGACCGGGAGGAGGUGAACGCAGUGGUGCUGCUCUACAUGGCCACGCAGAUCUCCUCUGCCAUGGAGUACCUGGAGAAGAAGAACUUCAUCCACCGGGACCUGGCAGCCAGGAACUGUCUGGUGGGGGAGAACAGUGUGGUGAAGGUGGCUGACUUUGGGCUGAGCAGGCUGAUGACUGGGGACACGUACACAGCCCACGCCGGAGCCAAGUUCCCCAUCAAGUGGACCGCCCCCGAGAGCCUGGCCUUCAACACCUUUUCUAUCAAGUCUGAUGUGUGGGCUUUCGGUGUGCUGCUGUGGGAGAUAGCGACGUACGGUAUGUCUCCGUACCCAGGGAUCGACCUGUCUCAGGUAUACGACCUGCUGGAGAAGGGCUACCGCAUGGAGCAGCCAGAGGGCUGUCCGCCCAAGGUCCACGAGCUGAUGAGAGCCUGCUGGCAAUGGAGCCCGUUGGACCGACCCUCGUUUGCCGAGACCCACCAGGCUUUUGAGACCAUGUUCCACGAUUCCAGCAUCUCUGAAGAGGUAGCAGAGGAGCUGUGUAAGAUGGCCUCCUCUGGCCACGGCCCGUCACCACACUCCUUCAGCCACGACAUGCCCCUGUUGCCCUCCAAGUCGCGCACGCUCAAGAAGCAUACGGAGAACAAGGAGAACAUCGAGGGGGGUCUGGAUUGCAGGCAGGAGACACACACAGCCAGCACCCACAGCCCCUCAGGGCUGGCAGCCACUCUGCUGGCAGGGGAUGGCCGGUCAGGCAGCUCUCCUGCUCUGCCUCGGAAACAGAGGGACAAAUCCCCCAGCAGUCUCUUGGAGGACUCCAAGGAGACCACGUUCACACGGGACCGCAAGGCUGGCUUCUUCAGUUCCUUCAUGAAGAAGAAGUCUUCCUCCAACUCUCCCUCCUCCCAGCUGCAGCAGAGCCUGCCUACGCCGCCCAAGAGGAGCAGCUCGUUCAGGGAGAUGGAGACCCAGCCUCACAAGAAGUAUGAGCCCACGACUGGCUUUAGCGCCCCUCCUCCCCCCCUUCCCCAGGCAGAUGGCCUGGGCUUUUCACCGUCCCACGGAGAGGGGAACCACGUCCAGUCACGCUGCUGUGGAGCCACUUUUGGACAAAAGGCCUCUGCCAACCACACCUCUGGGGCGCCGCCCUCACAGGUGGGCAGUAGUAGCAGCAGCUGGGCAGGUCUGGCAGGCUUCUUCACCCCCCGCCUCAUCAAAAAGACCUUAGGGCUACGGACUGGCAAGUCCACUGGGACCGAGGAAGGGGGUGGGGGAACCAAGCCCUUCCCCAGGUCCAAUUCCACCUCCUCCAUGUCUGCAGGGCUGCCUGACUUUGAGAGGAUGGCUCUGACUUUACCCAGGAACCGCAGUAAGCCUCCUCUAGAGCGCACUGCCUCCACCACCUCGCAGCCUGAGAACGGGGCAGCACACACCUCUGAGUCCCUUCUCCGUAACAUGGAUGAGGGCACAGCUCAGAUCAGGGACCGGCCUAAAGCCAAGCUGCUUCCCCGAGUGGUGGGGGGAAGCUCUGGGGUGGUGAGAGCUCCUGGCGUUGGGAGUGAAGCAGAUUCAUAUUGUCCCUCAGGGACCCUACGGGGUAGGGAGGUUCAGGAGGCAGGAGGACAGGACCGUCAGGGAUGGUCGUCCCCCUCCAAAACAGUGGGAUCAGGCCUGUCAGCGGCUCCACACAACCACAAGGUUCCAGUGCUGAUCUCGCCCACACUCAAGCAUGGCUCGGCCGAUGUGCACCUGGUGGGGAUGGACUCUCAGGGGAACCGCUUCAAACUACUAUCAGAGCAUCAAGCGGACCGGGACCGACCACGGCUGGUCAAGCCUAAAUGUGCCCCACCUCCUCCUCCCACUCUGCGCCUCCUUGGACACUCCUACAGCGGGGAUGGAGAGGAGCAGGCCGGGGUGGCUGUGGAGGUCAAUGGUGAUGGGGUGAAACGGCCGGGACGAGUAAGGGAAGUUGGAACAGGGAGACCGUCAGUGCCGCCACCACAAGUGCCUCCACCUCCUUCAGCCUCUUCUUCCUCUGCCAACAACACUACCCCUACGAAGAUGGCUAACGGUGCCACCAGCACUGGCUCAUCCACAGUCCCCUCUGGUGGCUCUAAGCUUCUGCGUCGGACUCGGCAGCAGGCAGAGAGGGUUCAACCGGAGACGAUCAGUAAGGGGGCUCUGCUGGAGUGUGCUGAGUGCCUGAGAGGUGCCCUCCACAGCAGCCCUGAGCCCUCCUCCAGCAGCCAGGUCCUAGACGCUGCCCACCAGCUGCUAGACUACUGCUCAGGCUACGUGGACUGCAUCCCACAGAUGCGGAACAAGUUCGCCUUCCGGGAGGCCGUGGGCAAAUUAGAGCUCAGUUUGCAGGAGCUGCGGGCAUCGUCAACCUCUGGAAGCGGAGGAGCAUUCUGUGGUCCGGGGACUAGCCCUGCUCUGGACAACUUGCACACCUGCAUCAAGGAAAUGAGUGAUGUGGUUCAGAGGUAGCCUCCGGACCCUUUCAAACAUUUCCUUCUGUAUUCCCUUUGUUGGUUCUAUUAACAUUUUGGGGACAGAGAACAAUCUCAGAAGUACCUCAGAAAAUCACUACACAUUGUUUCUCUUAUUGUUUACAGUUGACUCUUUCUCAAAAAUGCCAGUGGAAAACAAUGUUCUAUUCUUUCAACAUAAACAUUGUUGAUACCAAACUAGAAAAAUAAUUGUUUUGCCCCAAAUUGUAACUUUUCCACCAGGUUUUAAGGCCUUUCUUUUAACUGGAUGUGGAGUAUAUCAGCAACGUUUUCAGUCCCAGAGUUGAUAAAGAACAAAGUCAGUUUGAGUAUCUGUCAUUUAGUAACUCAACCAAGAAACAAAGUGGAGAAUAAUGCAUUCAUUCUCCUGGCAACAAUGAAAAGAGUCCCUGUGACAGGAUGUCACCGUUCAAAAGUAUUGUCACCUGGGACAUCGAUGAGUGUUCCACAUAAUCAGGUCUACUUUCUCUGCCAUUUGGUUUGAUUAUUUCAAUGUCACAACAUUUGAAUAGAAAAUGUAAGCAUUUCAAUAUUGAUGUCCAAAUUCCCUUGCACAUGACCUAGCUAUAUGUUUGGAGCCUAUGAGAAGAGCGAAGAGAGUGCAGGGUAGUACAUGAGCAGGUGGUUUGGGACAGUUUCUAAGUGUCCUUGGACAGUGCUGAGUUCCCUGUGGCCCUUUCCCUCAGUGCCUAUAGUUUCUUAAAUGAUUGAGAAUCUGCAAAUACAACUAAUCCUUGACAAAAUACUGAUCUCAUCACAAACUACAGUAUGUCUCUAGCACAUCAGUGAUUUAUUUGUACAUUAUUUGGUUUUAACUUUGGAAUGGCUUUAUGUAUAAACUUGAAUUUUAAAUUAUUGUUUUUUUUAAUUAAAAGCACAGACCUAUUUUAAAAAUGUUAUGUAAAUAUUUGCUUAAUUUCAUAUCCAGGAAAAAGUGAGGUCACAUUUGCUUGGAUAAGUGUUUGAGUGUAAAAAGAAACCGCAGUAGGAAGUUUAACACAGGACUGAGACCCACCGCUCCCUCCACAACCCCAUCUGAACAUCUGCAAAAUGAAUGUAUUAUGUAUUGUUAUCUUCCUUUUCUGAGAAGAUGCCAUGUUUAAUUGUUGUCUGGUCAUCAUUUCAAUACCAACAUCAGUCAAUGCUUCUGGUCAAUUUACAAAAUGGAUUCUUAAAGCACGUUUUCUGUUUUGAUAUCCCUUAGUAGGUCUCAUCUCUACACAAACAUUUCCAUAUCAAGUUGCUGGAUGUAAUUUCAUCCUGUUUGUUCUAUUGUACACAAAUAACAAGUUUCACCUGUGUCUGCAAUAAUUUCUCAAUAAUAAUUUGGCUAAUGAAUCAAGCAAUCAAAAACAAAAAAAAGCUUGCUUAUAACAGAGUGCUCCUCAACUGUUUGAAAAUUCCCCUAAUCCCCACUUGAGAUGUUGGCACCCUUAGUGUAUCAAAAGGGGAUCAUGGCGCUCUCCCAGAAGUUCACUGGUAUGUAAAACCCACACAUUCAGGCAAACAAAAGAUGGAAUGGGACUGCACUCAAAAGAUGUCCCAUAAAGCCUACUUAAUUUAUCCAUCCCUUCGCUCUUCCCUGCGUCAGGCACAGACGUCUCGGCCCUGUUUGUCGGAACCCUGAGUGUACACUGGAUAAAGCCUAUGAUAAUAGUAGACAUUGCUUGGUAUAUUGCAUUUCAUCUUAGUAUAAACUCUAGUAGUGCCCAAUAUAUUUUCACAUUUCAUUCCAUUGUGGUACACUACCUAUCUAAUCCAGCAGAUGAGCUUCAGUGUGCCUCUGGUCAUUCAAAGGUCCUCUUGACUAAUAGCAUGAAAUAGUUUAUUUUCACUGGGAGGUUCACUUAUUAUUAUUAUAUAUUUUUCUUUUGACACUGGAUACAGCAAUGUUUUUCCUAUGGUUCUUGGUGCCUUUUGUGAAAGAUAUUUUAUGUAUAGUGCACUACUCAGUCAAGAAACGGAUAUACAGCAAUGUGUAAUUGUAAAUAUCUUGUGCUUUUGUUUUCAGAUGACAGAUUUUGCAAUGAUGUUGUGGCCAAGUAUAAAUAUCACUACAACGUGCAUUUCUAUUACUGGGAGUAAACAUUUUGUUGUUUUAAUUUAAAACUCACAUUUAAUAGUAUAUUACUGUGAAUUUCUCCCCAUCAGUGUUAAACUUGAUAUAAAUAAAAUGUUGGAACAAUUCUAA